GCAGCUGGGAUAUCUGCAAUUUUCUCGGCUGCCAAACAAUCGGAAUAGAAAAUGAGCGGCGCCGGUUGUUUCAAUCCGGUAAUUCAGUUGAAAAUUCCGUCCCGGUUUCGCUCCCAAAAGCGCACCGGAAAAUUUGGACCGGUUUCCGCUCGUCUUGACGAUACUCAAGAUCGGCAGCAACAACUCAAUCUCUCCGUUCUUCGCUUCACUUUCGGGAUUCCUGGAUUGGACGAAUCGUACUUGCCGAGAUGGAUAGGAUACGGGUUCGGGUCGCUUCUGAUCUUGAACCGUUUGCUAGGAUCCGAUUCAGCUACUUCGGCUCAGCUGAGAUCAGAGGCAUUGGGACUUUCUUUGGCAGCAUUUUCCAUUGGACUUCCUUACAUUGGUAAAUUUCUGAAGGGUGCCGGUCCGGUGGAUCAGACAAGUCUUCCGGAAGGUGCUGAGCAAAUUUUUGUAAUGUCCCAGAAUGUCUCAGAUGCUCUGAAGGAGGACUUGGCUUGGGCAACUUAUGUUUUAUUGCGCAACACAAACACUACAGCUGUGUUGAUAUCAAUUCGAGGCAAAUUAUGCAUACGGGGCUACUGGAACAUACCAGAUGGUGUCUCAAAAGCUGAAUGUCUUGAUUGGUUUAAGGGCCAGAUAGGAAAGAGUGGCCUGAUUGAUUUGAAGGAUAGUCUUUAUUUUCCCCAGAGUGCAGGUAGUAACUAUUUUGCUUAAUGAGGAAUUAAUCUUAUCUAAUCAAACUCUAGUAGUAGUUGAAAUUUGUGCAGUUAGCUAUAUGGCCUCUGAUAACAUCAAAGAACAUAAGAGCUUUACAUGCCUCAAUGUAUCAUCUAACGGUGGUAAUGCCAAGCUGCUUCCUUUUUCCCUGUAAAAGAGAAAUGAAUAGACUGAUAAUAAUAAAAAAAUUCAUGAGUUGAAGUGGGCAGCAAGUAAAAACUUUUAUUGAGAGAUUAAUAGGUAGUGGUAGCUUAUUCAUACUGGGGACAUUUUCUUUUUCAGUUGUGCUGCUCUAAGUUGCUUAAUAUAGGAAUAAUCUAAACUUUUAUAGACUUUUGUCAAUAUCUCAGAUUCUGGAUUGGGGGAUAUGCUUCCCAAGGGAACUCGUUCUCUCUUGGUACAACCUGUAAUACAAGAAUCAGACUCAGAUGUGGAGAAAGUGGAAAAUAAAGAAGGAUUUGUCCUGUUGGUUUCAAGUGUCAGGUCUGCAUAUGGUGAUAAAGAUAGAGCCUGGAUAAGAGUGAUCUCAAAGAAAUUUAGAGGUGAGUU